AUGGCUGCCCAGUCGAGCUUGUACAACGAGGACAGAAACUUGCUGCGUAUUCGAGAGAGAGAGAGGCGGAAUCAGGAGGCUCUGCAGGAGAAAGACAAGUUCCCUGAGAAGACUCCCCUCUUUGCAGAACCCUACAAGACUAAUAAAGAAGAUGAGUUGUCAAGCCGAAUUCAGAACAUGCUGGGCAAUUAUGAGGAGGUCAAGGAGCUCAUCAGCAACAAAUCCCAUCAGAAUCUCAUAGGGAUUCCAAAAAGUGUUGCUCCUCUGAUCCCACAAGGAAAGCCUGAUCGCCCAUACUUCCCUGAAAAGACCAGCCAUACAUUACCAUCUUCAUUCCACCGCACAACCCGCCAUCCACCCAUGGGACCUACGGUUGUAGCUCCUCCCCCUCCAAACCACUCCAUUCACUACCAAAAGGCACAAUCAAGAACAGAACCAGCUUCAGGUUUGCACGCCAAGAGUCACGGCUUAUCCAACAGUCGGAGCCAAGGUCAAGAACACAAUCGUGGUGGUCAGGAAAGUCAUGCAGGUUUUCACCACAAGAGAAAUGACAGGCGUGCAGUUGGUGAAGGUCGUGCUAAUGAACUGCAGGCCUCCCUUUUGGCGCUUUCUCCACUGCUGUCAUCUUUGUCUUCUCCAGUGGCACCCCUGUCACCUUUACAUUCCAGCCAGCACAUCAAUUCCAGGUCACAGAACAGCAGCAAAAGUCAUGGGCCGACCUACAGUCAAACAAAAUCAUCUCAGGACCUAGUAACAGGAUCACAGGAGAAGGAAAGUCGGGACAGCUCAGCCGUUAACCUGACCAGCACCACUCAGCCUUCCUCUCAGACUUUUCCCCCACCUUUGCCAUCGAAAACCAGUGCAAUGCAGCAGAAACCAACUGCCUAUGUCAGACCAAUGGAUGGCCAGGAUCAGGCACCAGUUGAAUCACCGGAGCUCAAACCGCUCCUGGAGGAAUACCACGGAGAACCCUACGAAAAAAUCUCAGAUUUGAAGGCAAACGCCAAAGCCAAACUAUCCAAAUUGGAAAUCCCUUCUGAGCCCAUAGAGCAAACCUUCCCCAGUGACGUCCACUCCAUUGAAGAAAUUUUGAAGGAAAUGACCCACUCAUGGCCACCUCCCCUGACAGCUAUUCAUACGCCUAGUACAGGAGAGCCUUCCAAAUUUCCGUUCCCAGCAAAGGAAUCGCAGCAGGUUGGAUCUGUAGCACAGAAUCAGAAACAGUAUGACGCACCUUCAAAAACGUUGCCUAGUUCUCAACCAAGAACAUCAAUGCUCCACGACGACCUGCAGCUCAGUGAUAGUGAAGAGAGUGGUGACGACCAAGUUGUUGAAAAGCCACCUUCUUCACUUGCUUCUCCAAGUGCCCUACAGUCCCAGCCCAAGAGUGUGGCAUCAGCACAUUCCAGCAGCCCGGAGUCAGGGAGCACCAGUGAUUCAGACAGCUCUUCAGACUCAGAGACGGAGAGCAACUCGAGUGACAGUGAAGCAAAUGACCCUGCGAGAGCGUCAGCACCUGAGCCUGACCCACCAACUUCUAAUAAGUGGCAGCUCGACAACUGGCUAACCAAGGUGAACCCACCAGCAGUACCAACAGAGAGUCUUAGCGAAAUCACCCAUGGGGAUGGACGUGAGGAGGGCAAGGAACAGGGGCAGGGCGUCAGCAGCAAUUCCUCCCACCAGCACGCCGAGCCGAGGGAGCCUCAUCACAAGAGCUCCAGCCGAGCGGCCAGGGCUCCUCAGGAUGCUCAUCUUCCGACCAAACGCAACUGCCAGAAGUCUCCUGUGCGCGCUGAGGAGCCCUCACCCAGGCAGACUGUGGGUAUCAAAAGGCCUGGCAAGGCCCUGGUGCACGAGGGGUCCAAGGGACGCCUGAAAGUGGAGAGUGACCCUGGUCCUUUUGAGGUCAGAGACCAGUCUUCCAGAGACAAGCCAAAAGUCAAAACGAAAGGGAAGCCAAAAUCCAGUGACAGAAAAGACCCGAAGCCGGCACUGCAAGAGCCCUCUGAGAACAGAAAGCACAAGAGCUCCCACCAGGCCAGUGCCAAACCCUUCUUGGACCCCAAGCUCAUGAGAGAUGUUUUGUUUGGCAGUGCCCAGGAGGAUCUUGCUCUCAGUCCCCUUCCUCAAGGCCAGGGCACAACCCCCACCAGGACUAGCAGCCACAGGCCUGCUGUCGUGGCCAAAGAGGAUUUUCACAAGGAGAAACUUUCCUUGCCUAUCAGGGAGAAGAAGUUGCUCUCGCCAGUGAGGGACUCCCCCACCCCUCAGUCCCUCAUGGUGAAAAUAGAUCUCCCUCUCCUGUCAAGAGUCCCCCAGCCCCCUGGGAAAGGCAGUCACCAGAAGGGAGCAGAGGCCAAGGAGCUCCCUGGUGCAAGGAAGCAGGACUUGGAGAGGAAAACCAUGGACACUCCUGACAAGUCCCUUCAAAAGAGGAAGAGGGAGGUGGAGAAGGAGAUUGAUAGGAAGAAAAUGAAAUCAGAAAAAGAAACAAAAUCAUUGCAGUCUUCAGCUAACAAAGACUCCAGUAAAUUGAA